GUUCCGGGUCGGAGUUCGCUGUGGUGCUCGUCCAUGUUGGUUAAAUUAGACAUUGUGCGACUGAUUUUUACCGUUUCAUUUUAGGAGAUAAACGCCUGUUUUCAAGUAGUUUAUCUCAACAGAGUCAGCUGGAAGCGGUAUUUCGGCCCCCUAACUUAACAUCUUUGAGUACUGAGCCCCUCUCGCACCUGGAGCGUGCAGGAAUGUCAGCGGACAAGAAGAGGAAGCCCAAGGUGAUCCGGAACGAGGGCGGAACACCAGAAGGGAAGAGGAUGAGAGGAGAGGGGGACCAGGAGGCGCGGGUGUACAGUGAGGAGGUGGAGCUGGAGAUGAGAAACCCUGCCCAGGACUACACUCUGUACAAGCAGACCUGCAAGAUGCUUACCAGACUGAUGGCUGAGAUCCACGAGCUGAAGAGCAGUAGCAGCAAGGACAGCGCAGCCGAGAUGGAGGAACGACGCAUGCAGAGCUGCAUCCAUUUCAUGACGCUGAAGAAACUGAACCGCAUUGCUCACAUGAGGCUCAAGAAGGGCCGGGAUCAAACCCACGAGGCAAAGCAGAGAGUGGAUGCCCUGCACCUCCAGCUCCAGAACCUGCUCUAUGAGGUUAUGCAUCUGCAGAAAGAGAUCAACAAGUGCCUGGAGUUCAAGUCCAAGCAUGAGGAGAUUGAGCUGGUGAGUGUGGAGGAGUUCAGACGGGACGCCCCCCCAGAGAUCUCUCGCCCCGAGAUCUCCGCCACAGACCCACACCAGCUCACCCUGUGCCGCCUGGACUGGGAGCUGGAGCAGAGGAAGAGGCUGGCAGAGAAGUACAAGGAGUCUCUGGCCAGCAAGGAGAAGAUCAUGAAGGGCAUUGAGAUCAAGAAGGAGUAUCUGAGCAGCCUGCAGCCCCGGCUUACCGAAAUCAUGCAGGCUUCCCGGCCAGUACAGGACUACCUGUCUAUGCCUUUCGAACAGACUCAGAAACAGAACGAGGUGGCGAGGCACCUGCCCCCGCCCCUCUACGUGCUGCUAGUCCAGGCCAACGCUUAUGGGCAGGCUUGUGAUAAGAAGCUGUCUGUCUCGAUUAUUGGAGAUGUAAAUGAAGCAAAGGCCCUCUCUAAACCCCCAGAGGACUCCCAGGAUGAUGAGAGUGACUCUGAUGCUGAAGAGGAACAAAACGUUAAGCGAAGGCGGCCCACACUGUGUGUUCAGCUGGAUGAUAAACGCAAGGAGAUGCUGAAACGCCACCCGUUGUCCGUCAGUGUUGACCUCCAGUGCAAAGAUGGCAGUGUGUUGCACCUCUUCUUCUAUUACCUGCUGAACCUCAACAUCAUGACGGUGAAAGUGAAAGUAACGACAGGGACUGAGCUGUCCGGGGCCAUCAGCGCAGGAGAGCUUCUGAGCCCGGAGUCCCUCCUUAACUGCCUGUACCCUGGGGACCAAGGUACUGAGACCCCCAAUCCUGCCAACCGCUACCAGUUUGAUAAAGUCGGGAUUCUGAUGUUCGGUGACUAUGUGGCUGAGCUGGGACACCCUUACACCUGGGUUCAGAACCUGGGGGGGCUGCGAUUCCCCACUGGCAGACCUGAGCAGGCAGGGCCCACAGGCAGCUCUCUCAGUGCCAGCCACAUGGAGGCCACCAUGAAGCUCCUGAAAAGCCGUCUGGAGUCCCGUCUGGCUCUGCACAAGCAGUUUGCCUCCCUUGAGCACAGCAUUUUGCCAGUGUCCAACGAGUGCCAGAGUCUCUUCCCAGCCAAGGUGGUUUCAAGGUUGAUCAAAUGGAGUACCAUCACUUACGAGGAGUAUGCGGGGCUGCCCUACACCCAACAAGUCCUGGAGGCCGGGAUGGUACAGGAGACUGACCUCCUCUUCACAGCUCUCAUCGAGAGGGGCACAGCCAAGCUGCAGGCCGCGGUGGUCCUGAACCCUCGCUACUCGACUGUGCCCCCCCUCUUCAGCCUUUCACUCAGCUGGAAAGGAGAGCGCAGUGGGCGGACUGACGACAAUCUCCGGGCGAUGGAGGCCGAGGUGAAUGUGUAUCACCGGGAGCUGCGUGGGCCCCACCCCGGGUACCAGCUCUUGACCAAUCAGCUGCAACGGCUGUGCAUGUGCCUGGACGUGUUUCUGGAGACGGAGAGCCAGGAUGAGAGCGUGGAGGGGCCACGCGAGUUCCCUCGUGAGAAGAUGUGUCUGCGUACCGUCCGGGGGCCCAAUCGGCUGAAGCCUUUCAAAUUCAACCACCCCCAGGGCUUCUUCAACCACAGAUGAGCUUGCAGCACAGAGAUCCACACCUGGGCAGGGCAGAUUCAUCAGGGUCCAAGUGCAAGUGGCACCACUUUUUGUGAAAGGCAAACCAAGGUCUAAUGUUGGAAAUACUGGAGCCCAUUUGUGAGCCUGUUCAUUUUCUUUCUGAGUUGCUUGCUGUUUGUUUAGUGACAUUGGACCUGGAUAAAUCUGGCCUCUUUUCUUCCAUUCUUCAUGUGAGGGUUCAGUCUGCUUUUGUAUGAAAUGUAACACUUUCUGUAUUUUCAUUUAUCAAUAAAAUGAUUAUGCCUCA